UCUUAAAAGAAAAGAAGUACACCAUAGUGCCUCAAAGUUCCAAAGCAAAAUCCUAUUUACACGGAGAAAUAAAAGAAAAAACUGCGCGUGCCCCGUUCAUGUUAUUUUUUUCGCAUGGUCAGGCCCACCACCACUCGAGGCCGCGUUUCUAAACUCAGUUGCUUUGCUCGGAGCGCGGCACAGUUCCUUUUCCUUCCUCUGCGCUUGUGGGCACUUCAGCCAGCCGUCCACAGUUUACUUCCCGCUACCGCCAACGAUCUCCCCUCUCUCCGGGCCUUCCUCUUCCUCCUGGCCGGCAAGCAAGCCAUUAAGCCCUUAACCGAGGUUCGCACCACGCACAAGUCACCCGCGACCAACACGUACAGGCUACAGCCUUCGAUCGCGCGCACACCAAACUAAUCACCCGCCGGCAGAGAUCGAAUCGCUUUCAUCUCCCCCGCAAAGCCAUCCUUCCUUCCCCAUCCAUGUCACAGUUUGCCGUUCGUUUGCGUUCCUUUAAAACCAGCCCAGCUUCUCGUCCCAUGCAUCCGGUCGACGCCACCUUCAUCUGAUCGUCCCAAAAAACUCGCGAGCACUCUCCGGCGCAGCUAGAGAGACGAAUCAACGAGGCUUGUCGACGAUCGAGGAUGAUGCCAUCAGCGCACGGCGGCGGAGUGCGGCAGCGGACGUGCCGCAUGUACUGGUGCUACGCGUGCGGGCGGGCGCUGCGCAUCAUCUCGUACCCGGCCACCGACGUCUUCUGCCCGCGCUGCUUCGGCCGCUUCCUCCACGAGAUCGACCCGCCGCCUCGCCCCGCGCCUCCUCUGCUCCUCCAUCCACCGGGCUUCUUCGCCCCGCCGCAGCACUUCGCGCCUCACUACGACGCCCAACACCGCCGCUGGGUCGUCUACGGCAGCGCCGGGCCCGGUGCCGCGCCCACAGUCCCCGGACGCGCCUUCCGCCAGCCUGCGCCAUCACCGGCACCAGCUCAUCCGCCUCGCCAACGCAUGCCUUCCCCGCCGCCGGUGGCGCGGCGGCGGCCGUCGACGCCUCCGGCGAUCGACCCGGGGGACUACUUCACGGGGGGAGACAUGAACCUCAACAGCCUGGUGGAGGAGCUGACCCAGAACGACCGGCCGGGUCCCGCGCCGGCGGCGGCGUCCGCCAUCGACUCGCUCCCCACGGUGCGGAUCACGGCCACGCACAUGGCGGAUGGCUCGCAGUGCCCCGUGUGCAAGGAGGAGUUCGAGCUCGGGGAGGCGGCGCGGGAGCUGCCGUGCAAGCACGCGUACCACUCCGACUGCAUCAUGCCCUGGCUCCGGCUCCACAACUCAUGCCCCGUCUGCCGCUCCCAGCUUCCCGGCGCCGGCGCGUCCGGCUCCAAUGUUGCCGGCAGGAGCCAUGCUGCCGCGCAGCGACGCGGUGGUAGCAACGGCGGAGGGAGGGAGAGAGAGCCGCAGGGGACGAUGGUGAGGUGGGGGCCGCUGUCGUGGAUGUGGCCGCCGCGUGGGAUGGAGGAUCCGGAUGACGAAUGGGAGUAUGGGCGGCAUGGGCACGGGCGCGGGCAUGGCAGGCCCGAGGCAGGCGACGCCGGCGCAUUCUAUGCUUGGUGGCGCUCUCUGUUUCUCCUCUAGCCGUGUUCUAAUUGGGUUCCCAGCAACCAUGCCAUGACAACCUCAACCCUGUUUGCUCAGUAAAGCGUGACGCCACCUGGGCAUACUCUGCGAGUUCAGUAGGAGAGCUGGAUGAUAUUCUGUAUCCAGUGGUGCAGCAUACAAUGGAAAGCUGGAAAUGUGAAAUCCGAGACCACUGUAAAGUAAACCAUGCCAUAGUAAACAUGGUGGAAAUUGGAAAAGACCAUUCCAAAAAUGUAACUGUGCAGCGCUCAAUGUAAACCACAGGGGAGUAAUUUCCCCGCGGUUACAGAGUCUUCUUAUUUUAAAUUUAGCUCAGUUCUGGAGA